AUGUCAUCAGUAGCUGCAGUUAGAAAUGGAUCCUGGAUUGUGCUGUUCAUGGGAACCAGUGAUGGUCAACUGAUAAAGCUGGUUUUGGAUGAGAAUUACACACCAGGCUGUCCAACAGUGCUGUACAAGUCUGAUGAUGAACGAGCUGUGCUUCCCAGAUUGCACUUUGAUCCAGUAGAUUUUAAACACAUUUACAUUGCUCUGGGGAAAAAGGUGUGUGCAGUGUAUCUCAUCUGGGUGUCACUGGUCUUCUUCAUCCCAGCGCUGUUAUUGGAGCCAGAGAUUCUCUCUUUAGAGCCUUACAAGGUUUCUUUCCAUGGCAAAAACAACGUUUUACUAAAAGGAAGGAACCUGGACUCUGUCACCAAAAUCCGUAUUAGAGGGGAUCUAGACUGUGUUGCUAAAGAAUCUCCAGUGUUUGAUGGCUCAAGUGACACUCUAAGGUUCAACAUUCCUCCCAGUGAAACUAAAGGAACAGUAAAACUGUGUGUUGUUACUCCUGACAACCUUUGUCAUGGUAACAGCAACAUCAUUUACAGUUCUCAGCCUAAAUGCACAGGAGUACAGCCUAGAAGCAGCUGGAGAAGUGGUGGAAGGAAGAUUCAUGUUCAGGGGACCAAUAUGGAAUAUGUGGAGUCAGUUAACGUUUGCCAUUCUAAUAAAGUGGUGGAAACCAAAUACAACACAAACGCAGAGGAAAUGUGGAUUCAUUCCCCCCGUUAUGAUGGCAGUGGACAAUUAAGCUUAUCGCUAAAUGUUGGAAACUCCACAGUGGACUGUGUGCAUUAUAUCUCAUACCAUCCUGAUCCAAAGUUCACUCAAUUUUCCACAUUUCAGGUGGCUGACGACCUGCUAGUGUACAUUCAGAAAAAGACAGAUGAGUUGAAUUUGAGUAUGAGUGAGGUGAACGUGACGGGUCAACAGGGAGAUCGGGAGUAUGAGUGUGUUUUGGAGAGGAUUAAAUCCAAUGCUAUUAUUUGCUAAAUUAAAGGAGAAAGAGGAGCCGCCCCAGCAGUGGAUUCACUCCAUAUCAGUGUUGGAAAUUCUUUUGUUCUCAGGAUGGGAGAAGGUACAAAACAUUUCUGCCUCAGACAUCAAAACCCAUCUGAUCAAGUUUAAAGAAGCAAAAGAAAACACUCUGACGAAACUCCCACAGCAGAAAUUAAAAGAAAAAAGGCUUGAAAAUCAUGCUUGGCGUAUAUAAUACAGUAGGCUUUUAUAUGUAGAUGUAUUGUCAUACCACUGUGCAAGUGUUAUUCUAAGAUGUUGAAUUUGUUAUUAACUGUAUAAAUAAUUUGUCAUAUAUAAUGUUUUUAUAUUACUAAUGUUCAGCUUUAACAAAAUUAAGACAAUUUUAUGCACUCUGUUUUUCCUUACUUAUAAAUAACCAUUAAAAUGUCAAAUUAUUUGCAAA